CUUCCGGUGCUGCAUGUGGCUUGCGAGCUGGAGUAACCAAUUGCUGGUAAAUCGUAUUCUAGUUACACAGACAGCAUGAAGGUGAAGGUCUUAUCACGGAAUCCAGAUGAUUAUGUGCGAGAGACUAAAAGGGACUUACCGAGAGUUCCGCGAAACUAUGACCCAUCACUGCACCCGUUUGAAGUGCCCCGGGAAUAUACCAGAGCAUUAAAUGCCACCAAACUAGAACGUGUUUUUGCGAAGCCAUUUGUCGCUUCUUUGGAAGGCCAUAGAGAUGGGAUCAACUGCAUGGCGAAGCACCCUCAGAGCUUGUCCACCAUACUGUCAGGUGCUUGCGAUGGAGAGGUUAAGAUCUGGAAUCUGGUGACGAGGGAAUGCACGAGAACAGUACAGGCACAUGAAGGCUUUGUUCGUGGACUCUGUGUUCGUUUUUGUGGGAGCUCCUUUUUUACGGUGGGUGAUGAUAAGACCGUGAAGCAAUGGAAGAUGGUAAAAGAAUAUGGUGAGAAGGAGGAGCCUAUACAUACACUCUUAGGAAAGUCUGUAUUCACAGGAGUUGAUCAUCAUUGGAAGGACGGGGUGUUUGCUACAUGUGGACAACAAGUGGAUAUUUGGGAUGAACAGCGAUCCAGUCCCAUGAGGUCCUUUACAUGGGGUGUGGACAGCAUUACGAGUGUCAAAUUUAAUCCUGUUGAGACAAAUGUCUUAGGCAGCUGUGCUUCUGACAGAAAUAUAGUCCUAUAUGACAUGCGACAGGCCACACCACUAAAAAAGGUUAUUUUGGAAAUGAGAUCAAACACAAUCUGUUGGAAUCCUAUGGAAGCGUUUAUAUUUACAGCAGCUAAUGAGAACUUUAAUUUAUACACUUAUGACAUGCGCAACUUGGAACAUCCGCUGAAAGUGCACAUGGGACACGUGUCUGCUGUCCUGGAUGUGGAUUACUCCCCCACUGGAAAGGAGUUUGUUUCGGCCAGCUUUGAUAAAUCCAUCCGCAUAUUCCCUGUUCAACAUGGAAGCAGCAGAGAGGUUUACCACACCAAACGGAUGCAGCAUGUUACAUGCGUAAAAUGGUCUGCUGACAAUAAGUACAUUCUCUCUGGCUCCGAUGAAAUGAACCUUCGUUUAUGGAAGGCAAAUGCUUCCGAAAAACUUGGCCUGUUGGCACCUAGAGAGAGAGCUGCUCUGAACUACAACCAGAAGCUAAAGGAGAAAUUCCAGCAUCAUCCACAGAUCAAGCGAAUUGCGCGCCACCGGCAUCUCCCAAAAUCCAUCUACAGCCAAAUAAAGGAGCAACGCAUUAUGAAGGAAGCUCGCCGCAAGAAGGAUGUGAACCGUCGCAAACACAGCAAAGAAGGCUCCGUGCCAUUAAGCUCAGAGAAAAAGAGGCACGUUGUAGCAGUUAUGGAAUAAGAAGCUACAUGAUGGACAACUUUUUUUUUUUUGGUGUUCCGACUGUCUUUGAGGUUUUGUAUGAUUCACCGAGAUGGGAGUUACCUUCUGUCAGUAGUUGGAGGACUGCAGUCUUUGUUUUGUACAUAUGUUACAAAGAGAAAAAUCAACCAUUUACUGAACAUAUCUGGCAUAGGAUCUGUGUUGGGAAGCCAAGUGAUAAAAUGUAACUUUUUUCAGAGACUUCUUGGAAAUUUUAGCUUUUAUUUUAUAUCUUAAGGAUUCGUGAUUUAUGAACAAUCGAAAAUAUAUUUCUAUUUUGCAAAUCCAAAUAAAGGUUAACAUUGUUAUUUG